AAAAAAGAAAGAUGAAUCUUGAAAUACAUGUGCAAGGAGAAGCAAAAGCAUCACCACUGUUACUGUUGUUAUACCAGUCAAAACUCUCAAAAAGUUCUUUAGGUAGAGAACAAACCAAGACCCUUGAAACGUUUGAGACAAAAGUAUUCCCAACCUUUGGUCAGUUUUUUAUUAUCGUCCUGUCCUCUGUAUACUUUCCAAUUCUACAGUUCAAUAUACGAUUUAUUCUUCUUUAUAACUCGUAAUCGAAAAAAGAUUGCUCCUUGAGCGUAAUUUGCAUAGAAGGAAAGGUUCUAGUUCUCACAUUGCAAGCCAAACAGAGUUAACGUCAUUGAAAUUAGAAAAUGACCAUUUUACACCUUUAAACAGUUUUCCUAAAUUUUGAGUGACCAACAAAGAAAGGUUCUCAGAUCGAAAACGAGUCAAAAGCUGGUUGUAGCAAAACCGUUCUUGAUUUGUUAUCAAAAUAGGGUCACAAGUAGUUUAAAAUUUACCUUGCAGAGACAAGAUUGAUCAAACUCAACUCUGUUAAAGGGCUACAGUGUCGCUAGGGAGUUGCGAGGAACUUUGUUACGACACUGUUCUUCUCGUUUCACAACAAUACUGAAAGUGAGAUUGAUUGUAUCUAGCACACUUAUUGUUCCAGAACCUUUUUACAUAUCUCCAAGUGGAAUAUAUUCUUUCAUAAAACUCACUAGUCACUUAAAAUAAUAUAUCCCCAGAGGAAGGAGAGAAUACAAAGCAUAACAAUCCAAUUAGAAAUGAACACAAUGGGUUGAUUGUUGAUGGACAGGAAGGCUCAGUGAGUGUUGUCAAGUCUGUGGACCUGGUUCAACUUUACUAGUGAAACUUUUCAGACUUUAAUUUCUAAAACGAAUUCUUCGUUCGUUUUAGUUGGACAAGUGAAUUUCUAUUAUCUACGUUUCGUUUUAA